AUAUGCAUAAUACAUUGUUAACAAUCCAGUAACUCCUACACAAUUAAUUACAUUCAGUAUUUUUUAAUAAAUACUAUGCGGUUUAUAAAAAUAAAAUAUUGUUUUGCCUAUAUUGUAAUUUUGCUGACACUAAUAACAUUUUUAAUAAGUUUUAAUUUCAUACCAACUGGAUUUGAACAUAGUUUUUUCAGGACAAUCAUUGAAUCCAAGUCACUAUCAUCUGCAACGGUAAUCGAGAAGAAACGUAUAUUUUUUUUGAAAACACAUAAAUGUGCAAGCUCUACUGUUCAAAAUAUACUGAUGCGCUUUGGUCAUAUGGAAAACCUUGAUUUUUUGUUACCAACUAUGAAUAAUUACAUAGGAAAUCCUAUGCAUUUUAACACCAGUAUGAUAAGUAAUAAAUAUUUAACUGUGGAUGGAAAAUUUGACAUGUUCGUCCAUCAUACCAGGUAUUCCCAAGAAAUAAAAUCCGUCAUGAGAUCCGGUACAGUAUAUGUCACUAUUCUUCGGGAACCCACAGCAUUAUUUCAAUCACUGUACUCGUUUUAUCAUUUUGAUAAAAAAUAUAAAUGUAAUUUAACUGAGUUUAUCACCACUAGGAUUUCAAACAAAUCAUCUGCAAACCAUAUUAAACGUUACAAUAACAAAUUAGGAAUAAAUCAAAUGAAUUGGGACUUGGGAAUGGUUACAAACGAUUUUGAAAACAUUGAUAUGAUAAAUAAACAUAUAAAUAUAAUCGAAAGAGAUUUUGAUUUUGUAAUGAUAUUUGAAUAUUUAGACGCAUCUCUUGUUUUGUUUGCACAUUUCAUGCGAUGGCCAUUAGAGAAAAUGGCUUACUUACCUCUCAACAGUAGAAAUAAUACAUACAAAGAAAUAUUAUCAAAUAAUAAUGUUCGCCGGUUACAACAAAUCAAUAUGGCAGAUAACAUGUUAUACCAACGGUUUUUACUGAAAUUUAAAGAAAUGAUAAAAAAAUAUGGAAUAGAAAAGCUAAAAAAAGGAAUUAAACGUCUUAUGAGCAUAAAUCAAGAAAUCUUAGAAAUGUGUGUGCAAUCAGUGACAAAUAAAGGUUAUGCUAGAACAAUAUCAUACAAAUUAAAAGCAAAUACAAAUGCAAAAUGCAAAUAUAUUGCAAUAAAUGAAUUGAAAUACACAUCAUACCUAAGAGAAAUACAAUAUGAGAAACAAAAGAAAUAUAAUGAAUUGGAUAAAUUAAUGAAUAAUAAUUAAGUGUUAUAAAAUAUAUUAUCAUACAAAUUGAAAAACAUUGUUGAAUUAUAAAUACAUCUUUAUAUAUAUAUAU